AGCCGGGACUCUUAAAAUAAGAGCAGAAAGCUGAAAAGGUCACUUAGAAGCUCUUUUAUGUCUAGCAGAGUGACAAAGCCACAGGAAACAGUAGACAGAGAGUGUAUUGUGGGUCAUUUUCAGAGGACAGAAGAAUAGUACACUCCUGUACUCCUGAUAUCUCACAGUCAGCUCCCACAGCAACAGCUUCCAUCACAAGAGUGAAGGUAAAGACUCUUGACAACAGCCUCAGAGCACAUCUUUGGAUUUCUCUUGUGAAAGGUUCAACAAUCAGAAGCAAAAAUGGGAUGCUAUGGAUUCCUCAAACUGAUGAUGUUUGUUUUCAAUGGCAUCAUCUUUUUGGCAGGUGCUGCCAUCCUGGGUGUUGGGAUCUGGGUGAAGGUGGACAGUGGCUCCAUCCUCAGCUUCCUCGGGAAAAUUGAAAACGCGCCACCAGAGCUCAGUCAGGUGCUCAAUGUGGGCUACCUGUUGAUCGCAAUAGGAGCACUGCUGGUCGUUAUUGGCUUUCUAGGCUGCUGUGGUGCUGUCAGAGAGAGCAAGUGCAUGCUGCUGCUGUUCUUUAUCAUAGUCUUGGUGGUCUUCAUAGCAGAGGUUGCAGGAGCAGUGGUGAUCUUGGUAUUCAGACCCUUAGCAGAUGAGCUGGUUCAAAAGGUUGGCACUGCAGCAGUCAACAACAUCAGGAAAGACUAUGGGAAAAAUGCAGACGUCACAGGACUGUGGAAUACUACAAUGAGCACAUUAAAAUGUUGCGGGUUCUACAACUCCUCAGACUUUGAAGGCUCCCCGUAUUUUGUUGACCACAACAGGCAAUAUCCACCACAGUGCUGUCCAGGCAUGAAUUACCCAUGUAAUCAGACGAUGGCUGACAGCGUCACGACAAUCACCGGUUGCUUCCCAAAGAUCAUGCAGCUGAUCGAUGACAACACGGUGGUUAUUGUGGCAGUGGCGCUAGGAAUUGCAGUUCUGGAGAUAUGUGCCAUGGCCGUCUCCAUGAUCCUUUACUGCAGAAUAAAAUCCACGAGUGCCUAACUACAAAUGGCAAAGACCUUUGAGGAAUCAUUUUAAUCACUGGAGCCUUUCCACUUCCUACAUAUCGCCUCUAGAGGAGUGAGGGUCGAUGCCCUUAUCUUGCAAAAAUGCCUCAUCAUUGAAGACUGAAGUUAAUGUCAGAUCUUGUGCAAUCAGAAUUACUGAAUGAUAUAACAUCUAUUUUUACUACAUUUAAAUCUAUCUAACAGAUGUUGUAUAUGAAUCUAUUUCUUAAGAACACUACAUUUUAUAAAACAGGCUACACACAAUGUCUACAUCACCAGAGAUUAUUUUAAAUGUCAAGCAGUGCUACUACCUGUAACACAUGGCCAGUUAAUGAGGAGUUACAUGAUAACUACACUGUGAUAAUGAAACAAUGGCUGGUAUGAUUGAGACAGGAACCACAAUUGUGAAUGCUAUAAUGCAGCUUGUAAAAUACCAAAAGAAGUGAUACAUUAUUUGUAUGUAUAGUGUAUGGUGAUCAAUUUUGAAAUAAAGUGCAAGUUAUUUCUAGA